AUGUCGUCAAUUGGCAACUUUGCCACGCUCAUCGUCAACGAUUGCGACUUUGCCAGAUUUGCGCGCCGGCCAAAAGACGCGCUAUGGUCUCAGCUCAUUGCGAUACCAACAUGCUUCGCAGUCACAUCUUUUAUCGGCAUCAUUGUAUCAUCGUCUUCUACCGCCAUUUAUGGGCAACCCAUCUGGGAUCCCCUGGAUAUUUUAGCCAAGUUUAUCGAUAAUGGCUCCUCCGCAGAGCGGUUCGGUGUCUUUGCCAUAGCACUGGCUUUCUCCCUUGCUCAAUUGGCAGCCAACAUUGCCGCGAAUUCCGUUUCUGCAGGAAGCGACCUUACCGCUCUUCUUCCACGCUCAAGUAACUUUACGACCUAUCUUUCCGCCUACAGCGUUUUUCUCAGUUCGAUAGCCGGGGUGAUGGCCACCGACUAUUACAUCGUUCGGAAAGGGUACCUAGAGGUCAGAGGGCUCUACGACGCUCGCAAGUCGGGACCAUACUACUACACUAUGGGUGUCACCUGGCGCGCAUACCCUGCUUACUUCUCCGGAAUACUGGUCACAAUUGUCGGUUUUGCUGGAGCCGUUGGCCAGCCAGUACCUGUUGGCGCCAUAUACCUCUAUAAUGUCAACUUCUUCUGCGGCUUCAUUGUCUCAUCCAUCAUAUACUGGGCACUUUGCACCAUUUCGCCAGUGCCUGCGGUGAGUACCUGCUGGAUGGAGGUUGGCGACGUCGAUGAUGUAGAUGUGGCGUACGAUGCUAAACUCGACAACACUUGA